AUGGUUAGAUUUUAUUUGAUAUCUCCCGAUGGUUACGGUGCUCAUCCACCGUCUAGAUCUUCUGACUAUGGUGGUUACGGACCGCAGUCGGGACAUGGAGGUUACGGAGCUCCUCCUCCUCCUCAUACUCAAGGUUCUUUUGGAAGCCCGUUUGCGUCUCUUGUCCCGUCAGCGCUUCCUCCUGGUACGGAUCCGAACAUCGUGGCUUGUUUCAAGGCUGCGGAUCGGGACUGUAGUGGUUUCAUCAAUGACAAGGACAAGGAGCUUCGAGGCGCUCUCUCUCACCGCCAUCCAAAUCUAGUCGUCGUUGGAGAUCGACAUAGUUAA